CACGUGCUUCCUGCCCCUCUUGCUUGCCAUCAGAGUCACAGCCCCUCGAGCUCCCCCGCCGACCACUCCCCCCAACCUCCCCCCUCUCCCGCACGCGGUUUCCACUCGCUUCGUCCCCUGCAGAUCGCCUCGUCCUCGACGCGCUCACCCUCAGCGAGCAUGUCUUCGUCGGAGAACCCCACGGUGACCGAGCGCGGCAGCAAGGACCGCCGCGACGACAAGCACGAGGACGGCGACAAGAAGGAGGGCGGCGGCGGCUUCAUCGAGAAGGUCAAGGACUUCAUCCACGACAUCGGCGAGAAGAUCGAGGAGGCCGUCGGCUUCGGCAAGCCCAGCGCCGACGUCUCCGGCAUCCACAUCCCGCAUAUCAGCCUCCACCGCGCCGACCUCGUCGUCGACGUGCUCAUCAAGAACCCCAACCCCGUCCCCAUCCCGCUCGUCGACAUCGACUACCUCAUCGACAGCGACGGCCGCAAGCUCGUCUCCGGCAUCAUCCCCGACGCCGGCACCAUCCACGCGCACGGCGAGGAGACCGUCAAGAUCCCCGUCUCCCUCGUCUUCGACGACAUCAAGAGCACCUACAAGGACAUCCAGCCAGGGAGCAUCAUCCCCUACCUCGUCCGCGUCGUCCUCCUCGUCGACGUCCCCAUCAUCGGCCGGAUCAAGAUCCCGCUCCAGAAGUCCGGCGAGAUCCCCGUCCCCUACAAGCCCGACGUCGACGUCGAGAAGAUCAAGUUCCACCACUUCUCCUUCGAGGAGACCACGGCCACGCUGCACAUCAAGCUCGAGAACAAGAACGACUUCGACCUGGGGCUCAACAUGCUCGAGUACGAGAUGUGGCUCGGCGACGACAGCAUCGCCUCCGCCGAGCUCACGCAGACCGCCAAGAUCGAGAAGCAGGGGAUCACAAGGAUGCAGAUUCCCUUCAGCUUCAGGCCCAAGGACUUCGGAUCCGCGGUCUGGGACAUGAUCAGGGGCAGGGGGACAGGCUACACCAUCAAGGGCAAGAUUGAUGUCGACACUCCCUUUGGGAACAUGAAGCUGCCCAUAAGCAAAGAGGGUGGAACCACUCGCAUCAAGAAGGACGAGGACGACGACGACGAUGACGACAACUGAGGACUGAAGUGCUGCUGUUACCAAACACAGAUGACAGUGAAGUGGAGAGGAUGCUGUAACGGGUGCAGUCGUCUGCCUGACACCCUUAACGCUAGUUGAGCUCUGCUUUGUCUUAUUAGCUUCUUGUGUCUGUCGAUCUGCAUUGUCUGAACAUCGAUCCUCUGUUAGUGUGGACUCGACUGUGCUGUGAAUUCCUUCUCCAUACUUUUGUGGUUGGAACAUGAAGAAUAAGUUCCCAUCACCCUGGUUCAUUGUGGGGCUGGUCGGGAGUGUUCUUUGGAUCCUGAAAUGUUGUGGUGCCGUGA